AUGACUUCCUCACGCCAGGACGACAUAUCAGACAUAUCUUCGCCAGCUGGCGAGGCAGAUGCAACGCCACUCCAGCGCACCGAUGUUGAGAAGCAGGACGAAGAGCGACUGAAGGAGGAGAACGUUUCCGCCUUCAAAGCCUUAGGAUGGCUCGAUCGACUUCUCGCCCUCUGGAUUCUGCUCGCCAUCAUCAUCGGUAUCCUGCUCGGCAACUUUGUGCCCAGCACUGGACCAGCGUUACAACGUGGGAAAUUUGUUGGCGUUUCCGUUCCCAUAGCUGUCGGACUGCUUGUCAUGAUGUACCCGAUUCUCUGCAAAGUACAGUACGAGACUCUACACCUCGCCUUUCGACAAAAGCAGUUGUGGAUACAAGUCGGCUUCAGCAUUGUGGUCAAUUGGAUCAUUGCACCUUUGCUUAUGCUUGCUCUCGCAUGGGCUUUCCUUCCGGACGAGGGGAGCUUACGUGAAGGCCUGAUCCUGGUUGGACUUGCCCGCUGCAUCGCCAUGGUCUUGAUCUGGACCGGCAUCGCUGGCGGCGACAACCAAUACUGCGCCAUUCUCGUCGCGAUCAACUCGAUCCUCCAAAUGGUACUCUACGCACCGCUGGCCAUUCUAUUCAUCAACAUCAUCAGCGGGUCUCAGUCGACGAUUACUGUAUCAUACGAGACCGUCGCUGUCAGCGUUGCGGCCUUCCUCGGCAUACCACUCGGCGCCGCCAUCAUCACUCGCUUCGCGCUUCGGUACAUCGCCAGCCCAGAUUGGUACGAGCGAGUGUUCCUCAAGUGGGCGGCACCGUGGUCACUUAUCGGCCUUCUCUACACCAUCCUUGUGCUCUUCGCCAGCCAAGGUCGGCAGGUGGUCCACCAGAUCGUUUCCGUGGUUCGUGUCGCGGCGCCCCUGAUUGUCUACUUCGUGAUCAUCUUCACGGCGACGCUGCUGGUAACGCACAAGCUGGGCUUCGGGUAUAAACUUUCUGCUACGCAAAGCUUUACGGCUGCGAGCAACAACUUCGAGCUGGCCAUCGCGGUGGCGGUGGCAACAUACGGACCCAACAGCGACCAGGCUCUAGCAGCGACUGUUGGCCCACUCAUCGAAGUGCCAGUACUGCUGGGUCUGGUCUAUGCUGUACGGUGGUUUGCAAACAAGCGUGGUUGGAAAUAA